UUAUUUAUCAUCGAGUACAAAUGAUAAUCCUUGAAAAUGAUAAGAUAUCCUUGAGUUGCUCACAAUAUCGAUCAGAGUUGAUGAAACGAGUGAUUCGAGAUGCGAAAAAUAUUACAUAAACUCCUGUAAAAGGUUCAUCUCUUGUUGUUAUUCUGGUAUUUCCUUAAAGUAAUUAGUUAUUAUUAGGUGAAGGUCCUUAAUUCCUGAAAAACUGGGGACUUCGGAAAAUACGGGUCCACCCGGUCGCGAAGGAUACAGCGUUGUCGCUUAUCAAGUUAUUGCCUAGAUGAUCCUACCGCGGAGGACCAAAAGGUUCACGCCCAUCCCUACAAUUCGUUCGCAUCGACUUAGGAUAACUUUCUUCAUUUCCAGAUAUUAAUCAGAUGUUCAUUUCAUCAUUAACAACGAAUGGAGAAACUUAAGUGAGUGCCUUUCAUUUGGAAGCCAUGACUCACAGGUACCGGUUCCUAUUAGUGAGUGAAACAACGGCGAAGCGGCAACUGAGUGCUUGACGUCACUCAUUCCACGCUGGCUAUCGUAGAAACCCGAAAACGGGAGCAUAUUGCGACUGAUCCGGGUUCCCAUAGGAGAACUGCUAGUGAAAAUGCUGAAAUUUGAGGUCAACUAAGUGAAUACGUACGUCUACGAGGUUUUUUUUACGGUGGUUCCAGUUCGCGAUUUGAAACAUGAGUUUCUACGACAUUCUGGGUAGCGACGGGGAAGUGAAUUCGAAGCUAGACAUGGAUAACAUCGAUAUGUCUAUCGAUUACAGUACCCCAGAGGAAUUGUUGUCAUCUGAGUUCUUCACUUCCUGUCAAUCUUUUGGAGAUCCCAUUUCUAUUGAUCAUGGGAUUUGUGAUAAUGAUGUUAUCAAUUUUGAUGAUGAUAUCAAUCUCCUCAGUGAAACUAGCUCGAAUCCUGAAGAGGUCUUUUCUCCAGGAAGUGUUACUUCAGAGAGUGAGAAAAGUAGCAUUAUUGAGUCAGCAGAUGAAAGUGUUUCCUCUAUGGCAAAUCACACUAUUGAAGACAUAAAUGAAUCUCUGAUGAUGUCUCUUCUGAACCAAAAUGAUAACAUUAAAAUUAUAAAUACUCCAAGUAAACCUACAAUCCCAGUAAUCAAACAGAAUAAACUCACUAAAAUUGUGGUGCAAACUCCUAAUAAUAACAAGAAGAUUCUGGUGACAAAGCCUAUACACCCUAAUCAAAUCAAAACUACAAAUGUGAAGCCUAACAAGAAGAUCCUCAAGGUCCAUAAUAUAACUUCUAACGGCCGAUCUGUACUUCUUCCUCUCCAUAUGAAUUCCUUCAAGAUUUUGAAUGCUAGUGAUUUGAAAGCAGAGAAUUUCAGAGUGACAUCUUCAACUGGGGAUAACAUGUUCACACAGUGUAAAAUCGACACUAGGGACAACAUAUUUACUCAGUGUAAGAUUGAACCACUUUCACCUGAAACAGAAGAUGAAGUUGAUGUUGUAUCAUCAACUGAUAGCCAACACCCCGCUCUGAAUCUAACGAAUGAAGAAAGAAGGUUGUUAUCAAAAGAAGGUAUCAAACUCCCCACACAUUAUCCACUUACCAAAAAUGAAGAAAGAGAGUUGAAAAGGAUAAGACGCAAAAUAAGAAACAAAAUUUCUGCGCAGGAUUCAAGAAAACGCAAAAAGGAAUAUGUUGAUGGUUUGGAAGAAAGAGUCAAAAGGAGUUCAGAAGAAAAAAAAUUUCUUCUUCAACGUAUAAAGCAGCUGCAAAGACAGAAUAACAAGUUGAUGUCUCAUUUCUCCAAACUACAAGAGCUCCUCUUCAAAUCAUCAACAUCGAAAGCUACACCAAGUACAUGUGUAAUGGUUGUUCUUCUAUCUGCCCUUCUUGUUUCUUUACCAAACAUACGUUUGCCACAAAAGGAAAUGAAUGAAGCAGAACAAGGUGCUCGGAGGGCCUUAUUAUCCAGUCAAAUUGAUGAAGAUCUUCAUUUGGACGAAUUUUUAGUUUUCAAGGACGAUCUAGAAUUGCCAUCUGAAAUGGCAGAUUCCGAAAAUAUCACUGAAAAGGAAUUGUCCAAGAUGUUGAAUAAUGCUGAAAGAGGCUGGAAUGAGAAAGAGAGUGUUUUCAGUCAAGUCAUUGAGAAUGUAAGCAGAUGGCUUGGUAAAGAUAAAACAUUACCUUCCAAGUCUAUUUUUGCCGAACCAGAUAUAGAUGAUGGACCUCCACUUAAAAGAACCCGUUUUGAUCUCAAUGUCAAUAGGUAUUCUGCCGUUGAUGUCGAAAAUACUCCUUCGGAUCAACAAUUAGAUAUGGUCACUACAAUGUUCACUAUAAACGACAGCAAAAAGAAAUGAAUACCAAAAGAGUUUCACUGAAUAUUUGGGAGAACUCUAAAACUUAAAAGACUUAUCCACCACCUGAUUGAAAGGAAUAGUUUUCUAAAAAAAAUCCUUUCCCUAAAAUCAUAUUUGAAGUUUGAUUCAAAGUACAAUGUAAAUAAAUAAGAACUGUCGGGAAUGAUCAAACUCUGUUAGGAUGUGAUUGAAAUUUAUUGAAAUUAGAAUGUGUUACAUUCAUUUACAGAAUUUUUACUCUUAUUAUAUUUUCAUAGUUUAUCGUUGAAUGUUUGGUAUAUUUAAUUGUACUGUUUGACUUAAUUUCUAUAUUUUAUUAUUGUUCUUGAAUGAUUUUAGUUUUUGCAUUCCAAUUUUUAUCAUACUAUGAAUCAUUCAAAACUAUCCUUUAUUUAUUUAAGACUGUACAAAUUUGGGAUAUGUUUAAAUAUUGUGGCAAUAUUUUUCAAAGUCAAUUCAUCCAUCGAUGAAAUAUCAAUAUUCUUCCCAUCUCCCUAUAUGCUCCAGAUACUAGAAGCUUUUUAAAAGUAUUGUGAAGAACCAAUAAAGGAAGGAACUAAAAUUUUCUUUAGUUUCUCUUGAAUCUCAA